AUGUCCCGUUGUCGACGUACCCAUCGCAUGGUUAUCAAAAAAGACGAUUUCGAUGUUGCGAAUAGAUCCGGAUCAGUAAUGAAAGCAGAUUCCGAUGAAGGAUGUUAUUCGGGUGAAAAUGGUCUAACCAAUGGUAAUAAUGAUGCUGAUGAAGAAGUAUCGAGCUUUUUUGCAAACCAAAUUUUAGGCAGUAUUUCUAGAUUGCUUAGUGCUAAUAGUCAAGCAGAUGGGAAACGUGCCGCCUCUACCGCAAUCGAUAACAGUUCUGAAAGUGAUGAAAUUCCGAGCGUUUUCGAGAAUAUAUUCCAUGAGCAUGUUGAGAGCCCUUUUAACGAAACAGGAGCAAAUGAUUUGGAUGGACCAAAAGCAAAAAGGGCCCGAGAUGAUUUGGGUAAUGCAAGAGAAGACUGGCCGACAAAGGAAUCAGGAAGUAGUAUGACAAUCCCGAUGCCGAUGUGUAUCCGUUUGGUAGAACUGUAUAGAAGAUGUCGAGCAUUUCUACGAACAUUCAGUCAGAAAAAGGAAGAUCGUAAAGCGCGCCAUCAAAUGUGGGAUGCAAUUGAUGCCCGCCUUUUUGAGGAGUUCGGAAUUCAUUCUGGCGUGAACAGAUUAAAAAAGAAAAUACAAAACAUACAAGCUGGAGCUCGAGGGAAAAUCGAAGCUCUGCGACGAGAAACGAGUAAUGGUAUAGUACCACAAGAUACGAAUAUUAGAUUCACGCCAGCGGAAAUGGAAAUGGUUCGAAUGCUCUAUCAGAAUGGCGAUAAAGUUCUAAACACGGUAAAUGAAAACAACGAGCCCUUUUAUAUGCAACUGGAAGCGUUGAUGAGACGUGAAAGUAAUGAAAAGAAAAUCCAGUUACUUGAAAAUGGGCAGUUAGAAAGAUCACCAUCUUCAUCAAAUGCAAAACCAGUAAUUUACCCACAGAUGUUAAUUAACCAAGCUGUUCAGAAUGGUAAUAAGAAGCAUGUAUCACAAGUUACGAAAGAGCCGCAGGCAAUGUUCAACAGUGUGAGUUGCAUAGCAGAACCAAAAAAUUCUCCGAUUGUAAGUUUAUUUUCUAAACCAUUUGAUGUUCUUUCUGCUGCUACACAUUUCCCUAAAACGGAUACAGUUCCAAGUAGUAAUGGAGGACACGAAUUAGCGAUUAUGACUGAAUUGAUUGCCAGACAAAUAAAUGUUUUAAAGCGACAGGAGGAGCUUCAGCGUCGUGCUGAGCUUCUUUUCGAACAGCAAUUAGCACGUGAAUCGAAAAUUGUGGAUAGUAUUGCAUCACUUACUAAAGCUGCGUCUCAUCUUGAACAAAUUGGAGAAUUUCUACUUAAUACUUGUCGCUACGGUAAUAUUAAUGGUGACACGUCCAGUCCAAAUAACUCAUAA